AUGUUAUCAUCUACCGAACCCCCAUCCCGUCCGACCCAACCGCAGCGGCCCUCAUCAAACAACCUCUCCUCCUCCGCAUCUCUUAGCGACUCCUUGAAAGAUGAAACCCCGCCGCUCUGGACGCCGAGUGGUGAUGGCAUGUGGUACCUGCGAAAGAGUCGCCGGUCCCAUCCCGCGGGGGUGCCUCCCGUUGUCGUCUCUGGCAACCAGGCCGAUGGCAGCGAUGGUAGCCGAACGUUGCAUAUCUUAGGAACCGAUGCCAAAGCCCGGCUUCUCGCUUGCGAGUUAGAGCCGUUCUACGACUCUGUCCACCUCUUGAAACCUACUCGGAGGCAGGUUCUCGAGUUUGAGUUCCGAUCCAAGGAUGGGUCUUCGGGAUCUGGGGAGACAUCUGGGGAAGCUCCUGGGCGCCGGCCCAGCUCGCCGCAGACCCAUAUCAGCAACCUCAUCACGACAGGGUCGGCUGUACAUGCUGUCGCGAAUAUGGAGCAGCUGAAGCAUCGCAUCGAUGACAAAACAGCCGUGUGCCUCAUGCACGACGGACUAGGGGUUGCGGAAGAAUUGAAUGACAAGGUGUUCAACGGUGAUGAUGCCCCUAAGCCGGAAUACGUCCUCGGCCAUCUCCCCUCUAAUAAGUUGCUCCGCGAGCGUUACACUGCCCCCUUCAACCGGACGAAAUCGUCAGGUGUAAAUGCGCGUCCUGUGCACGCCUCAACCUCGCUCAAAACAUGCCUCCUGACACCCUUCCAUAAGUGGCUUCACCUCAAGUUCCAAGCCAUGAUUUUUGCCGCAGUCGUCGACCCUGUCUGUGUCGUCGUGGGCUGUCGGUAUGAUGAGAUCACGCAAAUCAAGUGGGGCAUGACCUUGAUGAUGAUGCUUCUCGACGAGAUCCAGCAAGUGGUAGCCGCCCUUCCAGAGGUCCAAAGCUCUCCUCUCAUCCAAAGCAUGGUGAAGCGAGAUGCACUGCGCAAAGUUUGCCUAGGGAAGCUUCGAUCGAUGAAGCCGGGGCCGAGUCGUAUGGCGUUCCGCUUAGAUAACGGGUACGAGCCGGAGAUUGAGUCGUUCAACGGCUACUUCAUUCGGCGGGGCAGACAACUAGGUGUGGCGUGCCCACAAAACGAAAUGGUGGUUGCCAUGAUCAAGGCGAAGCAUGGCAAACGCCUAAAGGAGCUAGAUGAGCAGAUACCAUUUGAGAUCACGUCACGACCACAUCGGAACGCAUAUUAA